ACACUGUAUACCGUCUGCUCAUGGUGAUCACAUGUACGGCAGACAUAAUUUAAUCCCCCCAAAACUCAACCUCCUUAUUGUAUUCACUCAUUACCAUCAUAAAAGAAAGGGGUGUGUUCUAUACCUCAUCCAGUAUACUUCGUCAAAUUACCAACUUACCCUUGGUUUGAUAAGAGCGCGGAGAAAGAAAGGUUUCUAACUCUUCCUGAUGAACUUUGGUGCAAGCGUUUGGAGUCACGCACUGCUCUGGCAGUGCUAAACAUUCCUGAGUUGCACUAGCAUCUUUUUCUGCUAUUAUUUCAAAUCUGUUUAUUUUGUUUUGUUUCCUUAGGAGGAAUUAGACGUGAACUUGAUAAUGGCGUCAAGUAAAGCAGCGGAGAGUGGUCUCGAUAUGGUAGAUACAGGUGCAGUAGAGAAAGGACUGGUCCCAGACAAUAAGGAGGAUCCAUGGGAUGUUGCUUUGGAUGAGAUCAACCCAGGAACUAAAUGGAAAGAUCGAACAACCACAGGCAAGGUCAUCUUCGUAUUCUUAACCUUCGUCCGCUUCAUCCUUCUCCUGGGAUGUCUCUAUCUCUUCAUCUGUGCCCUUGACUUCCUGGCUACAGCCUUCAGAUUACUUGGUGGCGAAGCUGCCGGCGAGGUUCUUCAGAACAGUGAGCUUCUAUCCAAUCCAGUCUGUGGGUUAAUGAUUGGUGUCCUAGUUACAGUGCUCGUACAAAGCUCCAGUACUUCAACUUCAAUCGUUGUAUCAAUGACGUCAGCUAGAAUCAUUUCUGUGAAGCUUGCUAUCCCGAUUAUCAUGGGCGCUAACAUCGGAACUUCGGUCACAAAUACUAUCGUGUCGCUGGGUCAGGCAAAGGAUAAGAACGAGUUCCGCCGUGCGUUCGGUGGUGCUACAGUGCACGACAUGUUUAAUUGGCUGGCCGUGCUGAUUCUUCUACCAUUAGAGGUGAUCGCACAACCUCUCUUCCGUCUCACCGAAGCCAUCGUUGUCGGUGCUGGGAUCGAAAGAAACAAUGUCAAGAUUGAAAUUCUCAAGGUCAUCACAAAACCAUUCACAAGCUGGGUCAUUAGGAUUGACAAAGGAGCCAUUGAAGACACCGCCCUCAACCCAAACCUUACUAAUAUCCGUCUUCUUAAGACAUGUAUUGUUGAGAAACCUGAGAUGAUGAGUACAUUAGCUCCGGAUGAGAUGACUACUGCAAUGAUAGAAACCACCACUCCCAAACCAUGUUCAUGGCAUUGGUUUGCAUACUCUGGUUUCAGCGAUACUAUUGCUGGUGUUAUCAUGUUAGUAUUCGCCUUGGCUCUCCUAUGCAUCUGUUUAGUCUGUAUCGUCAAACUCCUAAACUCACUCCUCAGAGGAAGCAUAGCCCUCGUCAUCAAGAAGUUCGUCAACGCUGACUUCCCUGGUUACACUGCAUUCCUGACAGGCUACCUCGCCAUCAUCAUCGGAGCCGUCUGCACAUUCAUUGUCCAGAGUAGUUCUAUCUUCACCUCAGCAAUGACACCACUCGUAGGCAUUGGCGUCAUCACGCUCGAGCGCAUGUACCCUCUCACUCUGGGAUCGAACAUCGGAACGACCGCCACCGGCAUCAUCGCCGCCCUACCGAACGAAGGCAAGGACCUUGCCAAUGCAAUGCAGGUUGCCCUCUCGCACUUUUUCUUCAAUAUCUUUGGCAUCGCAAUCUGGUAUCCUAUUCCUUUUAUGCGCAAACUCCCAAUCGGUAUGGCCCGGGUUAUGGGUAACACCACUGCCAAAUACCGCUGGUUCGCCAUCUUUUAUCUCAUCAUCAUGUUCUUCGUAGUUCCCGCUCUUGCAUUCGCGCUUUCUAUAGCUGGUAACAUCUAUCUUUUCGUUAUCGGUGGCAUCGUCCUAUUCAUCUUCCUUGUUGUCCUGUUCCUUAAUAUCAUCCAGAAGAAACGUCCUUCAAUUCUACCAAAACCACUUCGAACCUGGGAGUUCCUACCCUGGUGGCUGCAUUCCCUAAAACCUCUUGAUUAUGUGUUUGGAUGCAGGUGGUGUCGGCAACAACUCCAAUCCGAAAGCGACAGGAAAUCAAUUAUCAUUGCUUCUAAUGGUAAAGAAAACGAAGUCAAUGGUCUAAGUAACGCAGCUUUCGAUAGUCCUUUGUAGACUGACUGUUUCCAUGGUUACUGACCAAGUUUGGUUUUCAACCGUAUUUAUUUAAACAAAAAAAUAAAGAAAGACAGUCUGUCCCCAUGACCACUAUGUGUCCAGUUUGUUAGGAGGGUUCUUUCUACUUAAUAAAACGAGCCGUGAUGUUCAGGGCGAUUGACAGUUUAGAAAACUAUUCAUGUACAUCGCAUAACAUCAUGUGAUGCAAUGCAUACAAUGUGCGUGAAGAUUGGGUAUCAUGUUAUAGGGUUUUAAGGAUGCAGUAUUUAUUAACAUAUUAACUCCAUAUUUAGUUUCCCUCCAAUAAGAUGCAGUUUAUCAUGUUAUAUGGUGUAGAUAGACCUUAACACUGAUAAUCACAUACUAGAUGACAUUCUUUGUUUUAUCUCUCUAUAUUUGAUGAAGCGACUGCGCAUUUUGAAUAUUACUUUUACCCAAAAAUAGGCAAUUGCUGAAUUUUUUAAUCCCUUUAAUUAGUAUGCUACCAUUUGAUUUUUUUUAGAAAAUUUGAGACUUUGUAAGGAAUAUAUUUCCUUGCCUUGACAUAAAAAUAAACAAUGAAAUAAGUGAUAAAGUGUGAUCGAAUAUGAUCCAAAAACGUAAAGGAAACAAUGGAAAUUGGUUCUAUAUUAUUAUGACUGUAAUCAUUAUAACCGUUAUUUUGUACUUGGAAUGAGGCUGACACUACUUUAUGAAUUUUUUUGUCAGGUAGAUUCUCUUUCAAAUUUACACAGUACUACUAUUAUACAAUGCAAAUUUAUCUUGGUUAUUAAGAGCAAUAUGGAUGUUGUACAUGUAUACAUAUUUAUGGGCAAUAUGCUGAAUGGUGUUUUAAUAACGCUGUCAUAACCCUUUGCGCGUAGUCUGCCAUAUUAUCUUUAAUGCAUGCUAAAUCUAUAUCGUAAAAAACACUGAAAGAACAAAAAAUAUCCAGGAAACUGAAUUAUACAUCUCGGCGCAUAUUUGAUUCCAAGAAAAAAAAUGCAUGGGUUUAGAAUGAUGAUGUACAGUGCGUCACAGAAUAAAGGAAACCGAGAUUCCCACAUAUUUUCCUCAAAGGCAAAUUAAUUAUGAUAUUUCAUUUACAUCAUCUACAUUGGGAUACAUAAUAUGUGACGAACACUUCACGUAUUAAUGAGCAAGACAGUUUGAAAUUUUAGUGUCAAAAUCAGUUUGCGCAGAACAAUGAGACAAUGAUUCGUGAAGCGACAGCCGUGCUCACUUGACCGACGAUUGACUAAUUAGCAUUUAUUUUGUAUUCUUUGUUUUCUCUCGGUGAUCCCUGAAAUGAGUGUGGAUUCGGAUAAACACGUUAUUUUCUGCGCAAAUCGUUUCUGAUAGGCCUCAAUAUUGUUUGUAACCUGCCAUGCGUGAAUGAUUUGCUAAGAUAUUGGUCUCAACUUAAAGAUGAGAUUCCACUAAAAUUCAUAGUAAACCAUGUCUAAUAAUUGUGAAAUCUCUCUUUUUUUGUAGGACGCACUGUAUAAUGGGGUCUACACAGAUCACAAAGUGCUGCAAUUCAUCUGAUAUGUAAAGCGUGUUAAGAAUUAUGUUUCCAGUUGUGAAAUUUUAGUAAAAUAUUAAUAUUUCCAUAUUUGAAGUGGUUAAUAUUAUACUUUUAUCUUUAUACUUGUAAUUAAAAGUUUAUAUAUUUUGCAAUAAAUCUAAAAUUGAUAAUAUAAGAA